CAGCCAGCCACAACACCAUUCCACAUCACACUGCGCGCCCAUCGCCGCUCGUCUCUGCCUGGAGCAGGAUGCGUCCUUUUUGAUGAUGCCUCGGAUCACGGCGGCAGGACGGUCCCUUAUAUUUAUCGGCUGCUACCGGUAGAAGUGACAGUUUCAUCCUCUGAGGCAGCUUCUCGGCGGACACCGACGAUUGACAGGAUCCAUGGGCGCAACUACGGAUGCAUCCUUUGCGCUCUGGUGAUCUAUGGUGACCGGCUCGGUGGGGUUGGUGACCCAUCGUUUCAAGCUCCUGUCACAGCGGAAAGGACUGAUAACACACAGCCGGCCUCCAGGGUCGGUAAAGGGGAAAGAUGGGGAGCACGACCUCUUGCUGCGUGUCUGCCAGCCCCAAGCUCCGCAGAAAUGCCCACUCCAGGCUGGAGUCGUACCACCAGGAGUCGGAGCUGAGCAGGGAGGAGACGGGAUGCAACCUGCAGCACAUCAGCGACAGGGAGAACGUCGACGAGUUGAACAUGGAGUACAACCCGUCCGACCAUCCGCGGGCCAGCACCAUAUUCCUCAGCAAAUCUCAGAAUGACGAGGUGCCGACCAGGAAUGUGCAAGACAAACGAAAGAGCCUCUUCAUCAAUAAUCAUGGAACGCUGAGGCGGAAAUACAGCUCCUGCUCCACCAUCUUCCUUGACGACAACACAGUCAGCCAGCCCAACCUCAAAUACACCAUCAAAUGUGUAGCACUGGCAAUUUACUACCAUAUAAAAAACAGGGACGCAGACGGAGGAAUGCUGCUGGACAUAUUUGAUGAAAAGCUUCACCCUCUCUCAAAAUCUGAGGUCCCGCUGGACUACGACCAACAUGACCCAGAGCAGAAGCAGAUCUACCGGUUUGUCAGGACAUUGUUCAGUGCUGCUCAGCUCACUGCUGAGUGUGCCAUCGUCACUCUGGUCUACCUGGAGAGGCUCCUGACCUAUGCAGAGAUUGACAUCUGUCCGGGGAACUGGAAGAGGAUUGUUCUGGGUGCUAUCCUGCUGGCCUCCAAGGUCUGGGAUGACCAGGCUGUGUGGAACGUCGACUACUGCCAGAUCCUCAAGGAUAUCACUGUGGAGGACAUGAAUGAACUGGAGCGGCAGUUUCUGGAGCUGUUGCAGUUCAACAUCAACGUGCCGUCCAGUGUCUAUGCCAAGUAUUACUUUGACCUGCGAUCGCUGUCAGAGUCCAACAACCUCAGCUUCCCCCUGGAGCCGCUCAGCAGGGAUAAGGCCCAAAAACUAGAGGCUAUUUCCAGGCUAUGUGACGACAAGUACAAAGACGUGCGGAGAGCUGCCAGGAAGCGCUCGGCUAGCAUGGACAAUCUGUGUGGAAUCAGAUGGGUGCCUGCAAUCCUCUCCUAACCACUGAUAAACUGCCGUACACUGGACAGGCUACAGACACUAACCGGGUGAAAAAACUCUACAAACACAGAUCAGCGGACAAAGACCAACAUGGUUCUGGGCUGAGUUUCAGAGCUUCAGUUUUGGAUAUCCAGAUGCCUUCACAGUGCCUCAACUCAGCAAUGAAAAAGAGAAGUGAGUUCCUGGUUGUUAUAUCACCUGUGGAGAAAAAAAAAUCCAUCUUUGGACCAUAAAGAACGUCCUGGACAAGACAGAGCCUUCAAACUUCUUCAGAUGGCAGUGUGAACCUGCCUUAACAUACAGACUGUUCAGUUUACUGGUUUUGUCUGACUGUUUACAGGUUGUCUGGCCUGAACAUUUGACAUGCCCUGAUUUUCAGAUGGUCCUGGAAUUUUACAGCGAAGCUUAUUAUUUAUUUGACCUCAUUAUUUGAACUUUUCAACAGUUGCAGCUGCCUGAUCCCCAACUGCAGAAUUUCAGAAACAGUAGCGUAGCACUGGAAUUUGUACUGGUUAUUUAUUUCAUCUGACAGGUCUUAGAAUAAUAAAAGUGUUAGCAAAUUUUCUUCCCAGGAGAUCUUUGUAUUCAAGGUUUACAGUAUUUCUAGUGUACCUCUUGAUACUCAGGUAGUCUGUCUAGUAUGUUCAUUGAUUUUGAUGCUCCUCAUUUGAGUUAUACUGACGAUUGAAACCAGAUUUCCCACAGAUGUACUGCAAGUGCGAUCAGUACAGUCCUAUUUUAGGGACAUGCACAAUCAAACACUUACAACCACAAUAUUAUAUAACAUAAAAUAUAUACCAGAGUAUUUUUUCCAGAGGUUCUGAUUCAGCAUUCAUCAGAUUUUGGUUAUAUCUCAACUUUACUUUUUAAGGGGUUUCAGCAGUUUGUCAAACAUGGUUUUUACUCGAGGCCUGUUGAAUUUUAGAUGCCCCACAGAAACUCUGAUCAGAGUAAGUGCAUCUCUCUGCUGACAUCUAGUGGAUAUUUGAGCAUUGCAGAAAAAUACCAAUUCGGGUUUUGGUGAUUUUUAAGGGUCAACUCACCCAGACUCCAAACUCUUGGAGGAGACUUACAGUGAAUGCUUUUUACAGUGAAAUCUGUGAUGGCCAGAGACAACUUAAAACAAAUAUACGGGCAAAUAAACCAAAACAACCUGCAAGAUUAGACACCAUUAGAUACAAGUGAGAAAUUAUGUCUGAACUGACAAGGCACAAUGCAAAGGAAGAAGAGAGGCUGCUGAAAAAUGUAUUUAGCACCAAAUUCAGCCUCAGCUUUAGGUUGCAAGCGCACUCUUCAGGGGGUGCUGGUCCACAGAAGAUGUGAGGAGGACACACAGCACUGCUUUGUUUAUUUGUUCAGUGUUACAGUAGCCAGAUAACACCACAUUAUAUCCACAGGACAUUUGGAAAUUCUUAAAUAGAAAAAUCUGGUUUUAUAAGUCUCAUGCUCAGUGGCUGCUACCCUGAGUCCUGGCUGACCCCUUCACGCUGCUGUCAUCAUGAAAAAUUAGAUUGUUUAUUUAUGAAACUUAGAUUGAAUGAAUGAAUUCAUAAAAAGCUCUGUGGCUUAAGGGGUUUCUACAGUACAACAGAGCAGCGUGAAAUAUAGUUUUCACAGGACACUAAUACUUUGCUAAGGAAAAGGGAGCAAAGUUAACUUCAGAUUUAACCAAAGAAAACUGUUCAAAUGUGGGUGUGAUCUGUAAAGACACUGUCACCGGUAUGAUCGCCACAAACACUAAGGUGUGACCAACGACACCAGUAUAUCCUGGAUUAAAUCAAUAAAAGGAUAGAGAAUAAGUCACUUAAGGUGUGUGUUGAUUUAGAUAUACACUGAUUGCUUUACAUUUAAGAGACAUCCUUUUGGUAUUUGAGUAUGUUGACCAAACAGAAAUAGGAAAAAAAAAAACCAUAUAAAUCAUUUUAAUGAACUGGUUCUCGUUUCAAUCUUAUAAUGAAGGUUAUUUAAUAAACCCC